CACAAAAUCGAACGAGAACUCUAACUCUCUCUCUCUCUCGCUCGCUCUCUCGCAGAUGGAGAACACCGUUGCUCGCAGCGAACGACAUCCGACGCCUCUCUUCCCAUCAAACGCCGCGCCGCGUUCAGGUCGUGCGGGGGUUUGCUUGAUGAAAACUACUUGGAGGAACGGACAAGAGGAGUCCUUUAUCUUUUUCAUCUCCUCCUUCCUCAGUUCGAAUUCUUUCCGCCUUAACUUCGUCUCUAUUGACCCGGACUUUAUUUUUAACUGCGGGGGCCUGUCGGUGGCUUUCGUCUUUAUUACGACUUGGGAGUGCAACCUUGUUCCAUAUAUGUUCAGCAGGAUUCAGAAACUGAAGGAGGAAUUUGCGCAUUUUUAUGUUGUUGUCACUCUCCAAACGAAGGAGCAAAAUGAUUCUUUCAUCCACUCUUACUUCAAAUUUGGAAUGGAGCUUGGCAGGCCAACAUUCGUUCCUGUUCCUGACGUAGAGAUGGGCUUUGAGAAGAUUGUCAAGAUAGCUCUCUCCCUUGGGGUAAGCAAGCAGCAGCAUGGUGUAUGGAAAUUGAAGGCCGAGAGGAUGCGGUCGAUGCAGAGGAUGGAUCUCUUUCUUGGAAUUGUCACAUCCAUACCUGGCAUUGACAAUCAUGAUGCUAAUUUGCUUAAUCAAGCUAUUGGUUCCAUUGAGGCAAUUGCUAAGGCAUCAAAGGAAGACAUUUUGGACAAAACUGACCUUUCAGCCGAGAAGGCAGACAUCAUCAGGAGGUUUUUCAGAGAUCCCAAGUUUUACCUCAGUCCCAAGUUGAGCUGAUGCAAGGAUUGUUAUCACACCGAAUGGUCCUUAUUUCCUCAUCGGCUUAAUGUGCUUAGCCACAAAUUAUUUGUAUCUCUACUACUAAUCAGACAAAUGCCGUUUCAAAUUUGGGAGUGAACAUGCCAUGGAAGAAUUU